CUGCGAAGCAAAACAUUACAAACGUGAAAGAUAGGUUAUGUCAUAACCUCACUUUAAUUUUCUUAAAACUCAAAUAAUUCUUAAAAUUAAUAAUUUAAAAUGUUAAAAGUACUUUCGCCUGAUAUAAUAUUAAAAUAUAAUAGUAAAACUUUAUCGAAAAGAUUACUUUUAACAAUUUCGUCGUCACGGCAAGAAAAAAGGUACAAUAGCUUUAGAACGACUGAAACAAACCCAUUAAAUCACACCACGAAUCAUCUUGGUCAAUUUUAUCGCAUUUCCCACGAUUUAGAACAGAAAAUUUUCCAUCAUGGUGGUUUACCUAAAUCGUUUCAAAUACAAAGUAAAACGUUUACUGAAACGUGUUUAAUGGUUCGAGAGCCUUAUGUAGAUAUCGUAAAUUGUAUAAAGUCUAUGGAUUUUUCGAAACCUGCGUUAAGAUUUGUUUUGUAUGGUAAAGAAGGAAGUGGAAAAACAUUAACAAUGGCCCAUCUUUUACACUACGCAUAUUUAUCAGAUUUUCUUAUCGUUCAUGUCCCGUGGGUUGGAAAUUGGAUGAGACGAUGUAAAGAAAGCAGUGCUUCAAUUACAAAAGAAGGUUACACAGACAUAAAUUUAGAUGCAGCAUCGUGGUUGUUACAUUUUAAAACACAAAAUGCAACUUUGUUAAAUAAUCCUGAUUUUGUUACUUCAAAAGAAUAUAUUUGGAGCAAACGUGAGAGCACUCCAAAAGAAGUGUCACUUAUAAAAUUAAUCGACCAUGGCAUUAGCAGGGUUAAAUAUGCUUCUGAUUGUGUGGUAUGUUUAGCGGAGGAAAUAAAACAUUUAUCUAAAAAAGGAUUAUGUAAAACUUUCGUGGCCAUUGAUGGAUUUAACGCAUUUUUUUAUCCGAAUACUCGCAUAAAAACCGAAAAGAAAGAAAUUGUUCAUCCUUCUAAAGUCGUCGUAACAGAAGCAUUUUUAAAUUUGACUAGAUACGAUUGGAACAAUGCUGUUUGUGUGGUUACUGUUGAUCAAUUAGUUCAUGCUGAACAGGAUAAAUUAUCUUAUUUACCGAAAUAUUUAUUGGGGAAAGAUGGUUUUGAACAUUUAGAUCCUUUCAUACCAAUUUGUGUGUCUGGUUACUCCAACAAAGAAUUCACAAGUUGUAUGGAUUAUUAUAGAGAAAGAAAAUGGGUUCCAAGUUUGCCUGGGAUGGAUGAAGAAUUAGCUUUUCUUAGUAAUUCUAAUCCCUAUAAGUUAAUGGGAUUAUGUGGUCCUUUAUAAUUUAUGUGAUAGCUUUGUAAAAAAUUGAUAAAAUUAAUAAAAUAUAAAUAUUCAAAA